CUAUUUCAAUGAUGUCAACAGAAUGUGUUCAGCCACUUGAUAUCCCAGAUGACAGACUGGACAAGCGAGAUUCACAGUGUAACCAUUUAGAAGAUAUUUCAGAGCAGCUGAUUAAGAGCUGUGACCUCAAAAAAAACCCAAGAAAAGGUAAAAUCAUCCCAGCUUCCCAAAACACUGAACAGGAGCAAAAAAAGCCAAGGAGAAAAGAUACACCAGCUUUGCACACUCCACCACCUCUAUCAGGCAUACUUUCAGACUUUUCUGAUAAUCUGCUGAAAAGAUAUGGUAUUACAGAGAAGCCACAGAGAGAGAGAGUGAGUCCAGUAUCUCAAUUCACUGAACUGGAGCAGAAAAAGCCCAGGAGAAAAGAUACACCUGCAAUACACAUCCCACCUUUAAUAAUAGGUAAGAAAGUUAGCUAA